AUGAAAAAGAAUGAAGUUGAAGAAAUAUUUUUGCAAAAUAGUAGUUUAACUUUUAAAGGUGCAAAGCAAGAAAAUAUGUUUGAUACCACACAGAAAGAUAUGUUUGGUAUAAAACUACUUUUAAAUAACCUCGGAAAACGUUCUAUUAGUAGGCGAGAAUUGGAGAAUGAAUUAAAGUUUUGGCAAGUGUUUGGUUCUUUAAAGUUAGAAAGAGUUAUAAAUAAACUUUACCCCAAGCGAAUUGCCGAACAGCAUAACAUUGCUUGGAAGGAUACUUUUCUUCAAUGGGACUUGCCGGAUACUGUUGAAGCUGACUUUGCUCUUACAUUAGCACUGCCGAUUUCCCAUAAAACUAAAAGAAAUCCCCAAGAGGUAGCUCGUGAAAUAAUAAAGAUAACUGAUUGUUCUAAUUUAGAACAAACUAUUACUAAGCAAGGUUAUAUUAAUUUUUGUUUCCCUAUUUCUUAUUAUCAAAAAUUUUUUAAAGAGACGUUGGAAAAUGAAGGUCGGAAUCUCCGAGGCGAAGAAAAAGAUAUUCGCCUAAAUUUAGAAUAUGUUUCAGCCAAUCCAACUGGUUAUUUACAUUUAGCACAUUUUCGCCAUGCGGUUAUUGGUAAUACCUUGGCUAAUGUUUAUCAAUUUUGUGGUUAUCAAAUAACUCGUGAGUAUUAUGUUAAUGAUCGUGGCGGGCAAAUUAUCUCAUUAGUUAAUUCGGUUUAUCAUUUUUACCAUGAAUUACAAAAUAUCCCCUUGUUGGACCCGAUAAAGAUAGAAUAUUCCGGGCAAGCGACCCAAGAAAUAGCAAAAAAAUUGAUAGAAAAAUGGGGGAAAAAGAAACAUUUAAGUUUGUUAGAAGAGUUAAACAAAAAAAGUUUAAUUUAUACUAAAGAAGGAGCAACUUUUUUUCGCAGUAGUCUAGCAGGAGAUGAUAAAGACCGAGUGAUUAUCAAACAAGAUGGAGCGGAUCAUCACGGUACUAUUGCUCGCUUGAAAAAAGGUCAAACGGAAAGAUUUUCUAAAAGAGCUGGUAAUACCAUUGAGCUGGAAGGUGCUUUGCAAUAUAUGGAUAUGGAUCAAUUAAAGUUUUUUUUAUUGGAGAAAGAUUCUAACCAACCUCUUUCUAUUAAUGCCGAAUUGCUAAAAGAAAAUAAAGAAAAAACUCGUCUUUACUACAUUCAAUAUGCCUAUGCUCGUUGUCACCAAAUUCUAAAAAAGGCUCAAGAAAAAGGUUUAGAAAAAAUUAGUUCUAAAAAUAUUGUUGAAGAAAACAAACCUCAUCAUUUAAUUCAUUAUUUAUAUGAGUUAUCCCGAACAUGA